UCGACGAGAUGCCCUCUAUUGGGCCAAACCAGGAUACAUCUACACCGCUUGUGAUCUCACCCGCCCGCGAUCGAGACUACGAUCAGGAAUGCGCCUUAUUCUCAGCAGCGCCAUGAGGCCUUCCUCUGACCGGGGACAUCCGCCCGGUCAGUUUGGAGAAGACUUCGUUGCUUGGCCGGCUCGGAACAAGAACCGGCGUAGGCAUUGGCGGGUAUUCCGACAAGAGAUGGCACCGCAACAGACAUGA